CAUUGGAAAAAAGAAACCAAUAAUCCACAGCCUCAACACACACAUUGCACAGCUAUCGCUAAAAACCAGCAACCAACAGCAGUGGCCGAUUCGUGAGCAGACGUGAAUUUAGCUUCCGACCGAAAAGAUCCGCAUUGGAACUUGGAUUCAUUUUCUUCAACUCAAUAGUCGUUUAGUUGUUUGAUAUAAAAUAUGUGGCAUCUAAUGUGGUUGACAUUAAGUUUCGUGCUGUGUUUCUUGUCGACGGUAAAUUAUGUCGCCGCUGCUCCAAUCGACAGUGCCGACGAAGCAGCGCGAUACCUGGAAAGAUUCGGAUAUUUGGAACGUGGGCCUCAGGACUCCUAUUCGCAAAGUGUUUCAGCUGAAUAUUUCAUGCAACUUUUUGAUGCAAUUAAAGAUUUUCAAUCUUUUGCUGGAUUGAAGAAAACGGGUGAACUUGACAAGGAGACAUUGGAAGUGAUGAAUAAACCGCGUUGUGGUAUUCCGGAUCGAAUUCGCCCCGGUCAUUCCAGCACUCGCCGGAAACGUUUCGCCAUUCAAGGGAGCCAUUGGCCUAAGAAAAAAUUAACAUACAAAAUUAAGAAAUACACGACGGAUAUGAGCCAAUCUGACGUAGAUCGUGAAAUCGCCAGAGCCUUUCAGGUGUGGGCGGACGUGACCGAUUUGGCCUUCGUCCAUGUUAAAAAUCCAUCGGCUGACGUCGACAUCGACAUCCUUUUUGCAUCUGGAGAACAUGGAAAUUGCCCAUCCUUCAAUGGUGGCCCGGGUUUUGUUUACGCUCACGCUGCCUAUCCUAUAAACGGAGGUGAUGCUCAUUUUGAUGAAGGCGAAACCUGGGCGCUCGACUCUGUUAAAGCAGGGACAAAUUUAUUCCAGGUGGCUACUCACGAGUUUGGCCACUCUUUGGGACUGGAACACACAGACGUACCCACGGCUGUAAUGUAUCCGUUCCACGGUUAUAGUUCUGAUUUCAAAUUAGACAAGGACGACAUUGAAGGCAUUCAGGAAUUGUACGGGAAGAAUCAGUUCAGCAGGAAAUUGGCGCUUGAAUUAAAAGCCACUCUUGAGCUCUUAAAAACAACCGUGAACAAUUUGGAGAAAAAGAAUAUUGAACUGAGAAAUGAUUUGAUUGACACACGAACCAAUUUGAAUAAAAAAUUAGAAGAGACUAAGCAGGAGUUGGUGAAAACGAGAGCAUAUUUCACCAUAACCGUCGAUGAUUUAUCCGCAAAAUUAAAUGCGACUGAAAAAGGAUUGGCGGAAACGAAAAUCACAACCGGGAAAUUAUCAACUGAACUCAAAAAUUGUGUAGCGAAUUCGGAUCGAUUAGGUAAAGAACUAAGAAUUGCUGAAGAAAAUUUGAAAAAGGAUCUGAGAGCAACUUCAAAUGAUUUGGAAACCACAAAAACAAUUUUGGCCUCAACGAGAACGGAAUUGAACAGCACAAAGUCCGCCGUUGCGGAUUUGGCGACCAGAUCAAAUGUCCAAACGAGUGAAAUAGUCGACAUUGGUAAAAUGCCAACUUCGUGUGCGGAUCUGCAGCAAAUUGGACAUAAACUGAGCGGAUUCUUUUCCGUCAAAGGAUCAAAGAAGAUGGAAAUGAUUUACUGCAACUUUAAUGCAAAUCAAAAUGACAAACAGAAAUGGAUCGGAUACGCCGACGUCAAAUCGGCGCCCGUCCAUUUCCACGUCCAGAGAAAUUCUUCAUUUGAAACCCAAUUAACUCCGAUUCCGUUCGAGUUGGCGCGGGUGAACGAGGGAAAUGCCAUGAAUUUGUCAUCGGGAAUAUUCACGGCACCGCGGCCGGGAAUUUAUUUUUUCUCAUUCACGGGAGUUGCGCAUCUUUUUUCUUCAUCUUCUUAUGCUUGGUUUUCUUCUUAUCUUUUUUUGAACGGGAAUCGAAUCGGGAUGAGUAAUGUUCAAGAGCAUAAAGGCCCCGUUCGCCAAUAUAGUCCGUUGACCCUUCAGUCGACGCUCAACUUGAAAAAAGGCGAUCGAGUCUGGGUGACGAUUGAAACUCUUCGAUUUUCGUCUUUGUAUGACGACAAGUAUGACGACCGUGGCCACUUGACCCAUUUCACGGGUUUCAUGUUGGAGGAGGAAAUUGUGGCGUACCUUUGACGACCGUGACUUUGAGUUUCAACCUCAACAUAUUCGGCGACCCGAACCAAAAUGCAACAUUUGGGGGAGGGAAUUUCAAGGGGGAAGAGAAAAUAAUUCAUUCAAUUCCAAUUCAUUUAGGGAUUUUUCUACAAAAAUUUAACUGUGGACGCAAUUACACUUAUUGAAUACAAAAACCAAGCU